AUGCCACCGCCAAGACCAGAAAGCAAGUCAAAGCGCUCCGAAAAGCGGCGGAAAAGCUUCUGUACAGACACGCAAGCCACUACGUUAGGUUCUGAAAUGAUCGAAGCUCUUCCAGCCCAGCCCUUACUUGAACCUAGCGCUCACAGUGAUGCCUUCUCGAGCGCAACGCCCAGCACGUCAGUCUUUCUUUCACAAGGAACUAUUGAACCACAGAGCACUCUUGUUGCAUUUGAGGCAGAUCCUUCUGUAGGCUUGGCCAAUAAGCGGGAGAAGAAACCGAAAACGCCAAAACUUACAAAGGAGGAGAAGCGUGCUGCAUCACUCUCUGCUCGGACAGCUAAGAGCAAGAAACACAAAGACGGGGUAGUAGCACCUGAACUUCUCAAGACAUCUGGCACCCUUCCCGUUGAAGAUCCAGGCCGCUCUGCAACGACUUUACCCGGAUCGAGACUUGAUAUCAAGUUAGUGCCAAUAGGAUAUGAGCCUACGCACAUGCUGUCCCGCCCCCUGAGGGCGUAUACACGACGGUACCAACCGACAUCCCCCCAGCCCUUGCUAGCCCUUUCGGGAACAAGCCCGCUGUCUGCUCAGCAGCAUAUUUGUCGGCCAGCACUUUCGGUUCAUCAACCCCCAACUAGCUCCACACCUCCGUCGUCGUUAUUAUUUUCCUACCAGUCCAGUGAUCCUAAUGUCACCUUUCCUUCUACUGUAUCUAUAUCUGCUGCAAAGCCUAACCCCCCUCCGCGUAGAAAGGGCGCCCUUUUCACUCUUACUUCUGUUUCAGCAACAGGGUCUGCCCACAAUUCUCACGACCCAGAAACAAUUCUUCAUAGAAAUCUUUCCCAUUGUUGUGCACUCCCUACUGCUACUCAUCCGGAGGCUUUAACUGAAUCUCGUACAAGGCAUUCAUUUAGCACCCCCAUUACUCCUAUAGGUAGAAUUCCUAGGCCAGUAUCGGAAGAAGAUGACACUGUUCCCAUAUUCAGGACCAGUGAGCGUGAUGAACGAUCGGAUAGCCAAUUCAUCACCCUGGGCUCACCCUCCCAAGUUUUCAGACCCUCUCUCUCAGAACAAGAAGGAGCUUCGCUAUCUCUCCACACAGAGUAUUUAAACCUACAGAACAAUAGCGACGUGAUUGCUCCUAAGAUUUCUGCCAGGAGGCCACGGCCAAUGAGCACUACUACUGUCAUCCCCCUGCCGCAGCCUUCUGUUUUUGCAGGAAUGGAUCCGGCUAGACCGCUUGAGCAGGUUCCUUCGACAAUCUUAAACGUUCAUGACUCUGCAGAUAGGUUUGCUCUUACUGCUUACUCCUCUGCUGCAAUGGAUUGUCAAACCACCCCAUUGUCAAAUAAGCAGACAAGUACCCUCGAGGUUCAUUGCUCCCAAGCGACAACUACGAGGACUUCACCUCAUGUACAGCCAAAGUCGCAGGUGCUGCACGUCAUGCAGAACCCUCGAGUAUCGUGGGAUAUGCCGGACCAAGGUUCGAUUUCGGCUGCUCUUGGACUUACAGACCCCAAUCUUGAACAUAAUGCUCUUGGUUGUUCACCUGUAUCGCGUCAUCAGCAGGACCUGCUUGCGUAUGAGCAUGCCCUGGACACAGAGUCAGCAAUUACUGAUGUCAUUAAUGUAGAGAGCAGCAGAUUUGGACAGCUAGCAUCGAGCAGAAUCCGUGACAUUCUUCUUGAAAGGACACGGUCGAUCCCAGAAGGAACUAGUCCACGAGAUGUCUAUCGUCUGGUCCGAAGCCAGCUUAGUUUGAUCGACGUUGGUCUCCGCGAUAACGCCUUCUCAAAUUCAAUGAUCUACGACAACCACUCAAAGUCACGCACUGUAUCUCCUGUGAUACUACACGCUGUUGCCCGCAGCGAAAGCAAAUCCAAACGUCAGCUACGGACAGAGGCACCAGAUAAGGAAACAGACAAGGAAACAACACUCACAACCGUACGCGACUUACUACCUUCAAAAAAUGUCUGUGAGGCUGAGGCUCUGGUGUUGGACACUUCAGAACCUCAGCCAUUAAGUUGCCUACUUGACGACGUUGUCGUUACAACUGCUGACCAUGUCGUCGCAUCACCUCGAACUGUCUGCACGGAUGAAGAACCAGUUUCUUCGCCAGUCUAUUAUUGUACAAGAACAUACACCACAGAAAAAGGAGUGUUGCAGAAGGUCUCUCAAGAAACUUUAGCGUCUCCGUUAGAUAGUCCACAAGAACAACGGAGCAUUGUACACACAGUGGGCACAUCUAGAGACAGUGCUGAUCAAAUCUUGGAAACUCCGUCUCCGGAAAGGUCCCUCCCUAGUACAUCUUCAGAGACCAUUGGUAGCACGCAUGAAAAAUCUUUGACAGCAUCGUCUCUUCGUCAAUCUAUGCUUGAACCGUCAGUAGAGCGUAAGUCAUUUGACUUUAGUGCAAACCUGCUAUCCAGGCAUGAUUUUACUCCGGGAGGUACUGUGACAAAUCUUGGUCAAUCAGAGUCAGUUUCUACCAACGACUUAAUUCUAGGAGACGAGACUUACUCUGGCCGGCUGAGCUUUGUCCAGCGCGUAAUCUAUGAUUCAGCUGCAUGCUCAUUUGAUAACGGCUCUCAAACGGUAGUUCCUUACCCCCUUAUAGCGAUGGAUUACGAUGAUCUUAGGUGUCUUCUCGUUACUGUAGCAACCGACAACGUCGUGCGCAUCUAUAACACGCCCCUUCUGGAGCCUGAUCAGUACGAUGAGCUGAGAAAGGCACUAGUUGAUGACUCUUCUUCGUUAGCGGCCUAUAAUAUUAGCGAGCCGAUGGCUUCAUAUCUUCCUCAGCAUGCACGGACCUUUCCGAGUGCCUCCCCAACUGUCAUACGACUGGGGCCAUCCUUGUUAUCUGUGGUAGGCUAUGACGACGGUUACGUGUCAGUGUUUGAUCUGCAGUCAAUGGUCGAAAUAGCGUACUGGCGCACCCAAGCACAGACAGCCAUAAUCGACCUCUGCUUCUAUGUCUCUGAUGACUCCAAGAGCUCCCUAUCUCUUUCUCUAGACUCUAUCUUCUCUACUAAUGCCAGCAAGCAAUUAGUGCAACAGUUCAACUUACAAGGAACAACUCUGCCGACGCUGUCCGCUCCAUUAAGUAUCAAUUUAUUCAUUUGCACACAGAUAACUCUUAGCACAUACUCUAUUUCACAGGACAAGGAACACGUAAUCGAUAUGUGUACCUACAUCCAUGAGGACGAGGACGUGUGGUACUCAGCACUUACACAGAACAAGGAGAACCCCAGAGAGAUAUAUGUAGGCUGUGUCGGAGGAACUGUCUUUAGGCUAUUUGAUUGCGCUCCUCAGAGACGAAUUUCUCUCUCGCAGGUAGACAAGGUGACUGCUCUUUCUGUCCAUGACAACACUCUCAUUGUCGGUUGCAAUAUGGGGAUGACAAUUGUCUUUGAUGUUCACGCCCUGCAAUCCUUCUAUCGACUGAAGAGCUACAAGGACUCGCCUGUAUCGGGGGUAUAUUGUGAUAGAAACAAAAUUGUUAUAGCAAAUGCCAGUGGAGUCUUCACUAUUUGGGACAGAAGGAGCCAUCUACGAUGCGUUUAUAGUAGUCUAGUCCAUGCGGCUUCCGUUACCAGCCUUAGAGUUGCUGGAAAUAGAAUUCUCACCUCUUCGGCUGAUGGUUAUACGAAUUGUUUUGAGUUUUGCAAUAGCCGCCUCCAAAGUCCCUAG